GCCGGGCGCGGCGCGGAGCGGCGGCGGCGAUGGGCGGCGGGGCUCGGGAGCUGGCCGGGUACCUGGCGGCGCUGGCCGGCUGGAUGGCGGCUCUGGCGGCCGCCGUGCUGCCGCACUGGCGGCAGAGUUCCUACGCCGGGGACGCCAUCAUCACGGCCGUGGGGCUCCACGAGGGGCUGUGGAUGAGCUGCGCCGCGCAGAGCACCGGGCAGGUCCAGUGCCGCCUGCACGACUCGCUGCUCUCCCUCGAAGUUCACAUCCAGACAUCCCGGGCUCUCAUGGUCAUUUCUCUCCUCCUGGGCUUCUUUGGCAUCAUCGUGAGCGUGGUGGGCAUGAAAUGCACUAAGGUUGGGGAGGAGGAUCCUGUCACCAAGAGCCGCAUUGCUGUUGCUGGAGGUGUCCUCUUCGUUCUCUCUGGUCUGUGCACACUGGCUGCCGUGUCCUUGUAUGCAACACAGGUGACCUAUGAGUUCUUCAGGGAGAGCACCAUCCCCAUCAACGCUAGGUACGAGUUUGGCUCUGCUCUCAUCGUGGGCUGGGGGGCCGCCAGCCUCUCCCUGUUGGGGGGGUCCCUGCUGUGCUGCUCCUGGCCUGCCAAGGAGCGCCGAGGACAGCAGUACCACCGGCAGUCCCAGCCCUCCACGGCCCGGGAGUACGUCUGAGCCCUGCCCUCCUGCUGCCCAGCGCCUCCCUUCCCUCCCAAAAACAGGCAAGGCCCUGGUGCUCCCACCCUGCCUGGACCCUGAAUGCCCCAUGACACCUUUCUCCUCCUUAUCUUCCAGGUUUCAGCAGCAUUUUCAGUGCCAGCCUCUAAAGCAGAGGUUUUAAGUGUCACACCUCCCCUACCCAUCAUUGCCGUGUUCUCCUCAGCGGGGUGGGGUGGCACCCCCAGCCCUGCACUGCAGCCAGGCCAUGUCUGUCUGUCAGUCUGUCUGUCCAGGGAGGCUGUGGGGGCGAUGCAGGGAGGCUGAGGCUGCUGCCCCAGGGGCACAGAGCCAGCCCCACGGGGGAGUGCUGCACAGAAGCUCUUUGUACCAUGGCCACCCCUCUCCCACAUCCUGUUUUCAGGAGCAAGCGGGGAGGAAAGGCAGUGCUUGGUUUUCCUGGGAUGAGGUUCUCAUUUCUAACAGCACCAGCCUGCCUCGGGGUUCAAGCAUCCCCACACCCUGCUCUUGGCAGAGGGAUGCUUUCAGGGUGCAGCAUUCCCCUGCCUCAGUGCUACCAAAAAACACUACUUUAAAAAUAUUAUUAAUUAUCAUUGAUUCCUGCCUGGAGGCCAGUUGCUCCAGCUGAGCUCAAACCUGCCUUGGACUUGUUCUUGUCCGGGACCAGGCUGUGCCUUGUUAAACAAGAAUAAAUGAGUUUGGGUAAAUUAAAGCAGCAAAAAGGGGCUCUGAACACAAAGGAUUUGUUUUUAGUUUUGGUGCCCAACACAACUAUUUUGAGUGGCAGAUGGACAGAGCCCUGAAUUUUGGUGCCUCCCUGCUGGGUCCAAAUCCCUCUUCCCGCCAGGAUCCCCUAGAGCAGACAGUGAAGGUUCCAAACACAACCUGCUAAUUGCCUCCACCUCUUUGUACCUCUUUUCUACUGCUACUAAUUGUUUUGCAACUGCCAAAGCCCCAAUUUCAUCUGAAAAUCCUCCAAACUCCCUGUACUCCAUCCCUCCAGCCCUGCUGCAGGUGUUGCACCAGCCAACCCACAGGGAAGGACACUGGAAAUUAUCCAAACAGCUUCAUUAUCUAUUUUUUUAAAUUAUUUUAUUUUAAACCCAAAUAUGAAGAGAGAGCUGAUUUUUAAAAUUUUGUUUCGCUCUAUUUUGUUUUCUCUAUCUUAAUUUGCACUAUAUUUUAUUUCUCUGUUUUAUUUUGCUCUAUUUUAUUUUACUCUGUUUUUCUCCAUUUUAUUUUCUUUCCCUCUAUUUUAUUUCCUUUCCCUCUAUUUGAUGUUAUGCCCAUGCCCAUGCCUGGCUGUGCUGGAGGAGAAGCAAUGCUAUUUUUCCCCCAGGGGGGUGAUUUCUCUCUUUUUCCCUUUCUCCCUGGCAUUAACAGCCUUUUUGUCUUUUAAACUGCAGCCCCCCUGUAAAACUGUGUCCUGCACCCCUCAGGGGAGAGCAGUUCUUGUAGGCUGGCAUCACCCAUCAGGUGCUGAACCCAGAUUUUGGGGUUCCCCUUGAAAAACACCGACCAAAACCCACUGCAGUGAGGAUUGAAAAGGACACUUGUGCUUUAAAACAAACAAACAAACAAAACUAAAAAGGCCUUUUUAUAUUUCAGUGUAAAGAAUGGGUGUUUUCUAUUAAUAUAAAUUCCAUUAACUUUUCCAUGGGUUGCAUGGCCUUGGGAAAUGGGACGGGUGGGGAUUUUUAAAUGGUUUUUUUUUUCUUUUUUUCUUUUUUUUCUUUUUGUACUAAAAAUUGUGACUCAGUGGUAUUAAAAUAUUUUCAGCCAUGGAAAUCUUUCUGGAACUGUCUCUUUGAUCUCCCCUCACUCCCCAUCUGGACCAGUCCCCUCCAGUGACUCCAGUGCUGGUUCAGAGCCACUUCUGCAGGGGCCUCUCUCCCAUCCUCAACAGUUCUUGCCCUCGUGGUUGUGUCUUUUGCCACGUGUUGCUCUCAAAGGUGGGGAUGUGGCCUUACAAAUUUCUUAAUUUAAGGUUAAAUCCCUGGGAAUCCAUCUUGGCUCCUCCACAAGUCUCUUCCCUAGGCUGAAAUGCCAUCAGCACCUUCCACUUAUGGCCCCUCAUAGCUGAAGUCUCCCUGUUUUCUCCCAUUUCCCAUGAAUUCAGAGCUGACUUGUGCCUGAUUGGGUGUUUGUUAAUUUAAGCUGAUUUUUACUCCCUGCUGUGCAUGUUUUUCUCCAGAGAUCAUGUUUUCCAUCCAGGUUUUUGCAUGGCUGCUGUAUUGUCUCAGCAUCCUCGUCCUGCCCCCUGCUCCUGGUCCAGAAUUACUUCCCCAUCCCACCUCAAACCCAGGGAUUUGCUGUCCUUGGUGGUGGCUGUGACAUCUCUGAGAGUCACCUGGAGGCUCCCUGGGGAUGGACACCCAGGCUGGAAGCACAGCAGAGAGGGGGAUCUGCCUUUGUUCACAGCACAGGCAGGCUAAAACAGAAUUUCCCCCUCCAACACACAUUUUUUGGUCAUUAAACCAGUUUAAUGAGCAGUACUGAAGUUUUGGGUCAUACCUCUUGUUUUCAGCCAGACCUUUGGGAAAUGAUAGUCAUUUUUAAAUAGGCAGAAAUGAGGGAAAAGGGAAAAUGAUCCCCACACAAAGGCAUACAGAAAGACUUUUCUGAGACAUGGCUGUUUGAAUUUGGUGGUGUUUUUAAUAAUUCUUAUUCGCUGUCCUGUCCCUACAGCAUCUACCAAGUCCUCUCCAGUUCUCUGAGGUGAUCCCAUCUAAGAAAACAUCUUUCAUUUUUCCCCUUCCAGCCACAGCAGGUUUUUUAGUACAAUAUUUGCUAAAGUUCAAGGUUUGGGUCUUGUCAGCACUCUUUUAACACAUGGUUUUGACAAACCUCAUGGCACCCAAGAUCUGAUUUUCAUUGUCAUUAACCAGGGUAGGAGCUUAAUAAUUUAACUACUGCUAGUUCUGCUCCUUUACCUGCCUCUUUUCACCCCUAAAAAGGUUUCAGUUGGGGAUUGACAAGGCAGAUUAGUUUGAUGUAUCAUAAACUGAGUGUUUAGACAAGCAGAAAAUAUAAAUACACCUAUUUUAUAGGUGUUGCCAAGACCAUGGAGGUACAGUUUUGUAUCACUUGGGUCACACAGUAUUUCAUCUAUCACAGAUGUCCAAGAACCAUAAAUUCCUGUAAAGGUUGGAAAAUGAAGUUCACAAACGCUUCUGAACACUUUUGGCCCUAAUUCACUGCUACAUGCCAAAGCAUUAGACCUGCCAUGUUCCAGAAUUCUGGGAAAAUAGGACAACUCAAAGCCCCAGGAAUCUCACACAUCAGGCACCUGGGCGUCUCUGCAGGGCUGAAGGAUUUGCCGAGAUUGGUGUUUUGCCAAAAUGCCCACAGCAAAAUGUUGCAGAGGAUUAUCUAGAGGGGAAAAAAAC